AUCCGAAAUUGUAAACAGUAGGCGUAUGAAGUGUAAAACGACAUAGGAAAUUGCAGUUGGAAGAGUGGAUAUGGAUGGAUAGAUGGCAGUUCUGGAAACGAAGUCCUUCUUCCACUCUUCUUCGCUUUGUUUUCUUCAAUCUCUCCUCAAACCCAACACCUCCAAACGCCGCCAUGCCACUCAUUACCUUCCACCCUCAAACGAUCCACACUCCCUCCACCACGCCAUCCACUUGUCCUCUCGACACGGCGACACCAACCUCGCCAAGGCCAUCCACGCUUCCCUUCUCAAACACGAGGAAGACACUCACCUAUCCACCGCUCUCAUAUCCACUUACCUCAAAUUGGGCCUUCUCUCCCACGCCCAACGCCUCUUCCUCUCCCUCUCUUCCCCCAACGUCGUCUCUUACUCCACCCUCAUUUCCGGCCUAUCCAAGGCCCAUCAACACCUCCAAGCCCUCCGCCUCUUCUUUCACAUGACGCGUUCCCACGUCCUCCCCAACGAAUACACAUACGUCGCCGUUUUAGCCGCUUCCACUCGGAUUCUUCACUUCCAAUUGGGCCUUCAAAUACACGCCGCUGCAAUCAAAACGGGCCACUUGGACUCUCCUUUCGUCGCCAACGCCCUCAUGUCUCUCUACGCCAAGUGUGGGCCUUUCCCGGUUGUGCUUAAGCUGUUCGAUGAAAUGCCGCACAGGGAUAUUGCGUCGUGGAACACCGUUAUGUCCGGUGCGCUGCAGGAGCUUACGUACGACGCUGCGUUUCAGUUGUUUCGUGACAUGCAAGCCAGUGAUGCGUUUCGAGUGGAUUAUUUCACGUUGUCGAUACUUUUGACUGCGUGUGCUGCAAGUGUUUCGGUGUUGGAAGGCCAGCAAGUCCACGCGCAUGCUGUUAAGGUUGGGUUGGACGCUGAAUUGAACGUUGGGAAUGCUCUUAUUGGGUACUAUGCUAAGUGUGGAACUCUUGAUGAUGUGGUGUGGUUGUUUCAGAGGAUGAGUACGAGGGAUGUUAUAACUUGGACGGAGAUGAUCACGGUGUAUAUGGAGUUUGGGUUGGUGGAUUUAGCUUUGAAGGUGUUUGAUGACAUGCCUGAAAAGAAUUCUGUGUCGUAUAAUGCUCUUUUGUCUGGUUUUUGUAGAAAUGGCCAAGGUUUAAAGGCUAUGGAUUUGUUUAUAAAAAUGGUGGAAGAGGGCUUGGAGUUAACGAAUUUCUCUUUGACUAGUGGUGUUAAUGCUUGUGGCUUGCUUGCUGACUAUUGGGUCAGCAAGCAGAUUCAUGGAUUUGCUAUCAAGUUUGGUUUUGGAUCAAAUGCUUGCAUUGAAACUGCUUUGCUUGACAUGUACACGAGGUGUGGGAGGAUGGCGGAUGCAAAGAAGAUGUUUUGCAGAUGGGAGUUGGAGGAAUUUAGGUCCGUAGCUUGGACAUCCAUGAUAUGUGGGUAUGCUCGAAAUGGGAAACCAGAAGAGGCAAUUUCUCUUUUUCACCUUGGUCAAUCGGAUGGGAAAGUGAUUAUGGAUGAAGUUGCAUCGGUUUCAAUGCUCGGUCUUUGUGGAACUGUCGGACAUCUUGAUGUGGGUAAGCAAAUCCACUGCCAUGUUCUUAAAUUUGGCUUACAGUCUAAUUUGGAAGUAGGGAAUGCAGUUGUUAGCAUGUAUUUCAAGUGUGGGAAUGUUGAAGAUGCAAUGAAGAUAUUUAGUGAUAUGCUUUCUCCCGAUAUAGUUUCUUGGAAUACUUUGAUUUCUGGAAAUCUUCUGCACAGACAGGGGGACAGAGCACUGGAAACAUGGUUGAAAAUGCAGGAGGAGGGCAUAAAACCUGACCAAGUUACAUUUGUUUUGGUAAUUUCAACUUACAGGCACACUAACUCAAAUUUGGUUGAUGACUGUCGUCGUUUGUUUAAUUCAAUGAGAAGUGUUUUUCAAAUUGAGCCCACAUCUGAGCACUAUUCCUCCUUCAUCAGUGUUUUGGGACACUGGGGUCUACUGGAAGAAGCACUAGAAACUAUCAAUAAAAUGCCUUUUCAGCCUUCUGCUUUUGUUUGGCGCGCUUUGCUUGAUGGUUGUAGGCUACAUAAGAAUACAAUGAUUGGAAAAUGGGCUACUAAGAGUAUUCUUGCCCUGGAACCUAACGAUCCUUCUACCUUUAUACUUGUUUCAAACCUGCAUUCUGCUUCUGGGAGAUGGGACCGCUCUGAAAUGGUCAGGGAAAGUAUGAGAGAAAAGGGAUUUCGCAAACUCCCAGCUCAAAGUUGGAUCGUUUGUCAGAAGAAAAUACAUACAUUUUAUGCUCGAGAUCGAUCACAUCCACAAGAGAAAGACAUAUAUAGUGGAUUGGAGAUUCUGAUCUUGGAAUGCCAAAAAAUUGGAUACGAACCAGACACGAGUUUUGUUCUCCAUGAAGUAGAGGAGCAUCAAAAGAAAAAUUUUCUGUUCUAUCACAGUUCAAAACUGGCAGCAACUUAUGGAAUACUGAUGACCAAGCCGGGAAAGCCCAUUCGGAUUGUAAAGAAUGUCCUUCUUUGUGGGGACUGCCAUACAUUCGUAAAAUAUGCAUCUAUUGUCACGAAGAGGGAUAUUUUUCUCAGAGAUUCUUCUGGAUUUCAUUGUUUCUCCAAUGGCAAGUGCUCAUGCAGAGACACUUGGUUGAUCUAACUGAUCAUCCUCAUUCAUAUCAAUGAUGCUUGCCGAAUGAUUUUGUAAGUUAUAGGAUAGCAAUGUUACAUACGUGUAGUACGAAAGAUUUUUCAUAGAUUUUACUAGUUUCAUGGCACCAAUCUCGGAUAAGGGAAAAUAAGUAUUAAGUAAAACAGAGAGAGGAAGUGGAAGUGGAAGGCAGAUGCUCCUUACAUGGCAUUUUUCACAUGUAUAGCUUCGGUAAUGUAAUUGUAGUAAUUUGUUUCCGUAGAUUCAGUAUAAAGCUUAAAUUUACCUGUACGACACUACAUAUCAAUAAUGAAGGAAUUCUGAAUUCAAAUUCAACUCUAUACAUAAUAAAAUUGACGAUCAUUCCCUCAAUGAUUUCGUCCCCGUGCACUGUUACUACAAACGGUCCGUUUCUGUAUAUUGUUGAUGAGUUAAGAUAAUCAGUGGUCUUCAACUCUGAAAGAUACUGGGGACACACACACACAUGGUUGUAUAUAUUGGUGAACAACCUUCACCACCUAUCAACGGAUACAGUUCUGUAUUUUGCCAACUCUGCUGGGUCUUUUUAAGCAACUGGAGCCCAAACCAAAUGGAUAAAAGUGGGGGAGGGUUGGCCCUGAUUCGGAUUCGGGCUUGAUGUCAGAGAAAGAGAUAUGUGGAAAUUUAGAAUUCUAAGCCCAAACCCUUCAUUCAAAUGGACCAAGUAGCAACCCAAUGUAAAAUGGUGGUGAAGCCUCCCCAAGUGUAAAAUAAAACAUUUUAAACAUAAAUCAGUUCUUGACCGAAAAAAAGAAGCAUAGAUCACUUUAUUUUAAAAAUAAAUUUAACACAAGUUUAAUAAAUUAAGCCUCUAAUCGU